UCAAUGCCUUCGGUGGCGAGACGACGCCCAGACGGUAUCAAGAGCCCGCAGGACUUUACAUUAUUUUUGUCGAUCUUGGACAGCGCAGAGCGCAGCUUCGCUCAGCCUCACCCAGCCUCACCUCGCGCCGCGGUGGGGGCGCCGGCCUUGCACGCACGGUGCAGUAUUUACCACAGACCUUGCCACGCCGCGACAAAGACUGUGCGUUAUCAGUAGAAAGACUGCAACACCCUAAACAGGGGUAUUAUUACAACGUGGUACGCUUCAGGUUCGAGUUAUGGUUACGCUAUACUCAACCGGCAGCGGCUUGGGGGCGCCGUGGCGUGGCGUCGGCGGCGGUCGCUUGACCGUGAGUCGUGCGCUGUUUUAUUGAGUGUCCUCCUGGACCCCAAGCCCGCGCCCUGUCUCUCAGCUCAGUGGACUGUACGAAGACGCCCGGUCGAUUUUUGUAAUACGGCCCCACCACUCGCUUGCAAGGCCUUAUCUCGCAAAAAGAUGAUCCGCGGCUAGAGCGAGCCAGGACGUGGCCCAAAUGAAGCGCGAAAAGCAACAGUGGAGGGCGGGCAGUUUUGAAGAAUAGAGACGGGGUCACGCGAUCAUGGACGAAAAGACGUCUCUGGACGGGGCGGGUGGAGCCAUCGCCGUCAUCAUGCCGAAGAGCCCCACCAGCUACUCCAGGCCGCCCGCCGCAACUGGAAUCUCCUGGAGGGCCGCAGUUCCCCAGGUCGUCGCCUCCGUGGCCGCGCUCUCCCUCACGCUGCACGCCGGCGUCAACAUGGCCUUCCCCGCCAUCAUGAUCCCCCAGCUGGAGGCGGCCGACGGCCCCUUUAAGAUUGACCGCGACUCGGCGUCCUGGAUCGCCGCGGUGGUGGCCGUGACCACGCCCAUGGGCUCGUUGGCGGCGGGGCCAAUCAUGGACUGGGCCGGGAGGCGCGCGGCCUGCCUGGCCGCGGCCGCGCCGCUGGUGCUGGCGUGGCUGCUGCUGCCCCUGGCCGCGGGGGUGUUCCCGGGGGUGGGGCUGGUGUACGUGUCGCGCGCGCUGGCGGGCAUCGGGGCGGGGCUCUCCACGGCGGCCGGCGUGUACGUGUCGGAGGUGGCGCACCCCUCGCUGCGGCCCGCGCUCCUCUGCCUCAACAGCGUGUUCGUGGCGGCCGGCAUCCUGCUCACGGCCUGCAUGGGCGCGGGCAUGCCCUGGUCGUGGAUGGGGGUCGUGUUCGCCGGCGUGGCGGCCGCGUCCGGGGUGGCCGUGGUGCUGCUUGCGCCCGAGAGCCCCCACUGGCUGCUCAGCAUGGCCCCCGGCCAGCAGCUGGAGCGGCGCACCGCGCUGGCGCGCCAGGCGCUGCACCGCCUCAACAAGGACGAGCGCCUGAUGGAGGCGAGCUGGGACCGGCUCGUCGCCAGCUCCUCGGCCGCCGCUCGCAAGGACCCCCAGGCCGACGCCGAGGGCGAGCGCCUGCUCCCGCACCGGAGGCUGCGCGGGGUCGCCGCCUUCCUGGAGCCCGCCACGGCCAAGCCCAUGCUGAUCCUCAGCGUGCUCUUCAUCCUGCAGCAGCUGUCGGGCACCUACGUCAUCAUCUUCUACGCCGUGCCGCUGUUCGCAGAGAUGGGCAGCCGCGUGGGCACGAGCCUGGACGAGUUCGGCGUGAUGGUGAUCAUGAGCGUGGUCCGCUUCAUCAUGAGUCUGGUCACCGCCCUGCUGUCGCACCGCUUCGGCCGGCGGCCCAUGCUCAUCGUGUCGGGGCUGGGCAUGGCGGCGUGCUCCGUGGCCGCCGGCGCCACCCUCGUCACGGCGCACGGCGCUCCUAUCCUAGCCAGGAACGUCUCGGAGGCCGUCAACGGCACCACGACGGCCCGCUCAGUGCUGAGCUCCGGGGAGGUUUUCGAGGCGAGCUGGCCACCUCUGGCCUUUGUCGUGCUGUUCGUCCUGUUCAGCUCCAUCGGGUACCUGGUGAUGCCGUGGACGCUGGUGAGCGAGCUGCUGCCGCUGGCGAGCCGCGGCAUGGGCAGCGGGUUGCUCGUCUCGCUCGCCUACCUCUUCAUGUUCGGCGUGGUCAAGAGCUUCCCCUACACGAUGGCCACCAUCGGCGCGCGCAACGUCUUCUACCUGUUCGGCGGCAUGGCGUGCGUCGCCACGGUCUUCGUGUUCUUCUGCCUGCCCGAGACGCUCGGCCGAUCGUUGGGCGAGAUCGAGGCCAUCUUCGUCAAGAAACCGGAGGAGAAGGUUGAGAAGCAGGGGAAGUCAUCGGCGAGCUGAGCCGGGACCGAGGCGGGGGCGAUAAGGGGAGCCAGACCGGCGGGCAAACAACGCCCUCGCCGCGCGGUCCGGCUGUCUGGACCC